AUCAGAUGGCCAGAAAGAGUUCUUGCUGGUGGUUGUUUAUCUAACUCAUCUAACUACCUAAGCAAAGUGACCGCAUACAAGAGAGCCCUCUUCCCCAGAGAUAGCUGAGCUGGUCCGUGGUGACCCAAACAUCCUUUGUUGAAUCUGAGCCUUCCACUGUUAUCCAUAAUCUCACCAACUUACCCGUGCGAGGGCUGGUCAGCAUCCAUCAUUCAAUCUACAGACAAUACUAAGCGUUAUUCCCUUCUCCCUCAUUACUCGUUGUUUCCGGGCACACUAUCACGUUUGCUGAGAGUGUGACGACGUCUGCGGACAUCAUAUCAGUCAGCCUGAGACAGACUGCACAUCCUCCAACCUUUUUUAACUGAAUACUCACGCACUGCCUCUGUCUCGCGACUUACGCAUACGUCUCCAUACCUGGGGGUUACUUAGUAGCCCUCGAUUCCCCUGGAAAAGAAUACACACUCGCGAGGGCUUGGAGUCGCCAACUUCAUAGAAUCUCAUAUUUACAGGUACUGCGCCUGUUGUUGGGAACUCCCUUUUCUCAGUGUCGGCCAGUCCUUGUUCUUGUCAGAGGGAGUCAGCGUACGGGGUACCCUGAGAGCAUCCUCUAUAUCGCACCUUAUCCCAGCUGUCGCGCAAUCCGAUAGUCGCAGCUUUCAGGGUCGAUUGCGGCGGGUUAUUGGCUGACUUAUUGCGGGCGUUGCAUCUCCGCUUUCGGCUCCUCGCUCACUCAUACAUUCAAUCAAUCACGACAACCAAGGCCCAAGUCCCCAGGUGUCUCCAACUCUGUCCCUUAUUUAUUAAGCAUUGUGUGCCCCGAGCUCGCCCACCUGAAAGAAACCAACGUCCCGUCUGUUCCAUCGAGACAAUAAGCUGUCUCUCGGACUCAUUUAGCCAAUAUACCCACCUUGUCACUCUUCUGCGUGCCUUCGAGCUCCCCAACGGACAAGUCAGCUAUAAACGCUAAUAAAGCGGCUCUUCCUUAAACUGCCCAUCAACUACUGGCUAUUGAUUCGGCUAAAAUUGGCUUACACGACACUUAUACGCCUGGUUCCUCUUGUUGGGCUUCACGAAUCGACAUUCGAUUUAUACAUACCGCCUUCUUCCGUGACCGAACAAAUUACAGCACGGUAUCUACUCCACGCGGCGGAUCUUUCGUCAACAUUCCGGUUCCUGUGCGGUAACGCAUUAUCGAGUCAAACUCUCACCAGUGGAUUUUCACCAGGAGGAAAUUUUCUUCUCAUCGAGAUCUAAAUUGCCCAGACUUUCCCAACUUGAUCUUGAGUAGAAAAGAAAACUGAUAUCAAUCCAUUCAUCCUUCACCUACACCGGAUAUUUUUGUCCAUUAGGAAGAUCUGCCCUACUUUUGAGUCAGUUAGUCUCAGUUUGUUCAACCAUUGUUCGUCUCCAUCUACAACACUCGGGGAAUUUAUCGCCCUGUCGUCCUUGCACAUGCCCAUGCGCGUUUUCGACCACAAUUUGCCACUUUGUUGCACCCUGCUAUCACACAAUUCUGGAAUUUCUCCAGACGCGGUCAAGCUCGAGGAAAAAAUUUGCAACCGUUUCCCUUUUUCUACCCCUUGUUAAUCGAAUCAAGGAGUAAGGUUAAGGGGAUCUUUGGAGCCUAGUGCCUCGAUAAGAACCCCCGCAGUCGAACCACACUGAAAGGGCGUUUCUCAACCUGACCGCAGCAGCCCCAACUGCCCUAAAUAUCUACACUCUCCACUGAUUUACAGUGGUACCAAGUACAUACGGUGAAGGCUGUACUGGUGCUGUACUCAUAUCAUAUCACCUGGCCCCCCUUCUCUCAGGAUCUUUUGAGGACUGUUUUUUUCUUAAUCAACUUCUCCAUCCUCAUCCCUUCAUAUUUUGUUUGUUCAAUUAUACACGAUGCAUCACAGUCGGAAGAAGUCGGGCCAUGGUCUGCCCAAUUCCUCUGCGACCGACGUGCGAAAAGCAGUUACCGCGACCGAUCCUGCGAAGUACAAGAGGCCCGUCAUGACACGAAGGCACACACCACAAAAACUCGGUCGCAGUCAGCGCGAACGUGAACGUGAACGGACAGAGUCUUGGGAAGAUGAAAGGGAGAGCUUUCCACAAUUUUGUAUGACGUGCGAAAAGCAAUUCAUCCCUCAUGACGACAUGUUUCUUUACUGCUCCGACAACUGCCGCAGAGUUGAUCAGACCGCAUCGUCACAGCCGAGCUCCUCGGUCCGUCAUUACGCGUCCUCAAACUAUCCAUUCCAUUCUGCGGGAAACCCGGAGCCCAAAGACAUCAUCCCUCGAGCAUCUCCUUCACGGCCCAGCUCCAUGAUUUUGAGUUCUCCACCAGCCACUCCGGGAACCGGAGUACCGAAUUUCCAACAUACUUCAGCCAUUUCGGCUCUCCGUUCCCUCAAUGUCCGGCCUCCGAGCCCUCCGUCGCCUACAGGCAGCUCCAGCAACCUGUGGCCCUUUAGCCGCAGUGCAGCAACCAGCCCAUAUAGCUCGUACAGCCGGCCUUCUGCCCCAUAUCUGUCAUCGACAUAUGACGGAGGUUACUACGGCGCUGGAGGUAGUGGAUACAAUUACGAGGCAACAUCAGGCGGCAUGGAUCGGCCACUCCCUUCUCGCCAUCCCAGCACCUACUCUCGGCCCAGAAGCAUCGAGCUUGUGACACCCAUGGUCAGUAGAUGAUGGGUGCGCUCAGCUCUCUAGCCAUGAGCGCCUACUGCCCUACGAGUCUGUACAAACAUCAGUACAUUUGUGGAACUCGAGAACAGCUUGGAAGGGCUGGUGGCACAAGCGAAGCUAAAUGGCGAGUGUUCUGCUGGACGAGCGGUGUCUCACCUCACGGCCGGGUCUUCGGUCAUGAACCCCGGCGAGAUUGGCCUGCCCAAACAGGACCGCAAAAUUCUAGCUUUGCGGGGUUUGCAUCAAGCUCACAGGGGUUAUUCAGCGCCCUUGCAACCGGGGCUGAAAGUUGAGCAAGCUGGACAUUCAGAAAACAAGUUCCUGGCCCUCAUUUCGUACUCGGUAUCGAAUAGAGUACAGUACGCAGUACAUGGGUCGGUAUGUUUUUGUUGUCCAGAUUUAUUGUUUCCUUUUUCACAUUGCAUAUUCGGGGACGGUGCCUACCGACCGUCUUCCUGGCGCUCAAAAGUUUCUCUCUUUUCGCAUCUACAGCAUUUAUCAAUCUCACAAUGGGACGGAGUUUACCAUGUUAGUUUUCCAUUUUUAUAUCCUCCAUAUAAUUUUUGCUAUUAGACCCUCUAUGGGGCUGUUGGUUAUUUAACA